AUGGGUGAUGAAGACACCACAUCUAGGAAAAGGAGCUAUCUCACCAGCUCGCCAGUGGACGUGCAAUCUCGAGCACUAGUGGUCGUCCCUGGAGAAGCCUUUGAGGUUACUGUACACUUUGAUGAGAGCCUCCCAAAAGACCCACAGUGGCCCCCUGUAUUGUUGGGACUUAGGUUUGAACCAGUCCUUGGGAACAAUGAGCGGAAACAGCUGGCAGGCUCUUCUGACUUGUUGUGGAAGCCGUUGAAAGGGGACAAGGCCAGGUGGUCGGUGAAGCUUCCUGAGACAGGAAACUACCGGGCAACUGUCUUUGCCCAAAUCCCUUGCAGCGUUCACGAUGGGACUUCUAAGGCGCCAGAGCUUUCAAAUUGCUUUCAGCGAAUGCUUCUUAAGCAGAAGUCUGAGUUCCGAAUUAGGGUGUCCCAGAUUGCUGCCAAAUUGGCCAUUUCGUGGGACCAGCCACAGACGAUAGAAGGCCUGUCCGUCCUGGAAAAUACACCUCGCGGACCGCUGCAAGUCUCUGCUUUGGCGCUUGACGGUUCUGUUGUUCUCCAUACCUUCGCGGGUAUCGUACAGCUUGCUGCGGUUGCGAUCGAUAGCGACGGCAAUUUUUCGCUACCACUAAUUGGAGGCCAGACGGCUGCUCCUCUAGUUAAUGGAGUAGCUUCAUUCCCCAAGCUCCAGUUCCUUCAGCCGGGAACGUACAAGCUGAUUGCUACCGCUGAUGGUGCACAAGCUGCAGAAAGCGCUCCCUUAAUAAUUACCCCCCCAGCUUCUCGGAUUCUUAGGUUCUGCGAACAGCCUCCAGCGGUGGUACUCGUUCCUCUUUUGUCUCCUAUAAGAGUGGCGAUAGAAGUACUGCUGGCUAGCGGUGGAAGGGAUACCAGCUUUGCAGGCCAGAUACAGCUUCAACUGGACAAUGGUGCUAAAGACGAUGAGAUACCGCAAGAAGUCCACAAAACGAAUUGCCGUCUUGGCCUUUGCCUAUGGGAUAACCUUCUCCUUAGAGGCCGUCCGGGAAAGCAUAAACUGACGGCUACUGUGGUUGAGCGUACCGCAAGUUUGGAAGGUUUGCACAGGCUCGCUGUUCCUGCAACAUCUGCCCCAAUCAUGUUUAAAAAGGUGGCCUUAGCCGAAACUUCAGCUAGACUCACGACAUAUGACACUCCGAGGCAAAUAGGACCAGAUGUCCGUGCUUCGCUCAGAUUCGUCCACGCUGCCCCUUCUGCUGUCAGAGUGGGGCAGCCGUGGAAUCUCGAGGUGGCUGUUGAGCCUGUUACUUCGACUAUCGCAGAGAAAGUUUUGUCAAGGGAACGCUCGCUACGGAAGCGAGCAGCAUCUGCGACACCGUCCGCUCCUGGUGGCUGGAGCAGCUGGACUCAAAGCAUCAACUUUUACGGCAUGCUUCACAGACGGCAGCGUCGCAGUCGCCUUGGCUCUCAGGGGCAAAGGACGAAAAUUCCGAACAACACGAUUGCCGGUCAUACUCUUCGCAUCUCCGUUGCGCAAGCUUGGCCGGAUAAUUUGAUUUUCCUCUCCGGCCAAAUAGAGAGCACAACGAAUGAGCAGGGGCGAGGGCUACUGAGUGGUUUAACAGUCUGGCUUCAGGAGCAAAGAGUCGGUACUGCUCUCCAGGCACCCUGGGUGAAAUUUCAUGUUGAAUGCGUGACUUGCGGCUUAGAGAAUGGGCACCCCCCCCUAUUAUUGGAGACGCCUCGGAUCGUCCUCGAUACUUCAUCAGCUGUUGGCGUGUUCAAAGACGUUACCAGAGCUACAGCCGCCCUUGCAAGGUGGCGCUCAGCGAAGGGAAUUCUGGAGGAGACGCAUGACAACAGUGCCGCCCUUGUCCUUCCAGGCCAUCCGGCGCAAAUGUGCGUACAGCUACUAGACAGACCUUUCGCUGAUGUGCUAAUAAAAGCACAGCAUGGGCAAGGGCUUACUCUCCUGGGUGAUGCCAGCAUCCGCAUCUCUCCUUACGUUUGGCCUAUGCCUGCCUGCUGGCAGUUUGCAGCAGCAACGGCACGUCAACUAUACCUGCACGAAGCUGAGCAAACAGUGUCGUUCCAGCUCCUCAGCGCUGACAGCACGUUCACCAGCAAGGCUGGAGUACGCUGGCAGGGUAUGGCCGCUCCUGAUGGAUCUGUCAGAGUCAUUGUACUGUCAUCUCGAUCCCUGCUUGGUCCAAGCGGGCUUCGCUACAUGUUGCAAAACCCGAGAUCGAGUCAUUUUGCGAAGCUAAGCUCCCAGCAAAUCGGGAAGCCGAAGUGGAUAGACGUGCGCUCGGGUCCACUGACGGAACGCUCCCGGAUUUUGGUGUCCCCGAAAUCGGCGGCAGCUGAAGGGGACACGCAACCGCCUGUUGCUCCAAUGCAGUGGAUUAACGAGGAGGUAGACGCCUUUCUUCAAUGGAAGGCCGUAGGUUUAGUGGUUGACCUCUUGGCGCCCCAGACCAAGGUUGUGCUGGAGCUGAAAGUCGUCGCGCCUUUUGUGUCUAGCGUGAAUGUGACAGGCCAGUGUGUGGAUACAGACGCGGGACACGUCCGCUUAGCCACAAUUAAUAAUUCGUUUUUUAUUCAAAGCUCUGACGAACAGCCAGGACCGCAGGUGAAGAAAACACAUCAGUCCGAAAGGUGGCAAGAGCUGUUGGUAUUACUAGACUGGGGCCAGCUAAGUUCAGCUAGCGCAGGACUACUUCAUCAUCACGUGGUUUGCGAAUUCCGUGCUAUGGCAAAUCAGAAGCAGCAACUACAGUUUCUCCCUAAAGCUUCAGUGGAUAUAAUCGUUGUACGGAAGCAAUGCAAAGAAGGCGAGGUCUUCACGCUUCAGCGAAACGCCUGCGAGCCUUGUCCCGUGGAUUUCGAAUGUUCGCUUGCCACGGUGAAGCCGUGUACGGCCGGGGAAGUCAGCCCGCUAGGAAGCCUCACUUGCCAGAUCUCGAGCAUUCACAGAGAAUCAGAAGGCCUUGUCACUUCAGGGCGCGAAACCGCAAACUGCCCGAUGGGCAUGUACCUCUCAGACAGAAAUGAGGGCCCUCCAGAGUGCAGCUGUCCGGAUCCGCAACUAGUACCAGAGCCCUGCCCUCCUGGGACAAACUCUCUAGGGGGCAGGCGUAAAUGCUCCUCGGCUCCUGCUGGUUUAAUCGUUGAACCCGGAAAGCAGCAUCUACCUGCCAGACCUUGCGAGGACGGGUUGAGACCUCUCGAGUUAGCGGGCCAGUGGUGGUGUGGCGUUGGAUACGACGACUUGAACCUCGCUCUUGAAUCGAGCGGGCCACCGAUGCGCUCUUCUCCCGCUGACAAUCUUGUAGCAGCAAGAUCGGAGUCCUUCCCAGAUGUGUGUGGGCUAGAGCACAUGGACCACAUCACGUGUUUCUCGUCGAGUUUGCCGCCUACAACCUGGUGUCCAACCUACCCCGUCAGUCCGAUAUCGUGGCCUAGUGCCUUUAGAAAAGCUCCUUUCUUUGCCCAAGGCGGAGCGUUCUCGCAAUUGGCUAUGUCUGCGGCCCUGAAGAGUGGCGUCCUAUUAAGCCCGGCUAUUUCCAACUUUCUUGGCGUGGAGGCGUCACAGCGUUGCGCGACGAACUUCCGACCCCAAGGGAGUAUAAGUGUUGGAAAGGUUACAAGUGUGAAGGCAAACACCACUGGCCUUGGCCUUGCCCACCCGGGACCUAUGCCAACGACUCUGGAACAGAUUGCAUCAAGUGCCCUGCAGGCUGGCCAUGCCCCAUGUCUCGCACCACCAAAGCCCAGCUGGUCGUACCAUGCUGGCCUGGCCACUAUUGUCCUGAAGGCUCCGCCAGUCCGACAGCUAUGCCGUGCCCAGCAGGGACGGUCAACCACAGCGUCGGUGGAAAAGAUAAGCCCAGCUGGACACUACUGCGACUACGGAGAUGAAGCCAACGCUCCAAACGCUGUCACCGGGAAGUGCCCUGAAGGGUUAAUGUCUCUAAAUACCGGGCAGUUCGGUGCUGCGCAUGCAUUACGUCCUAUUGCGGCUCAAGCUGGUGUAAGCGCACAGUGUGUCGCCUGUGACGCCGGUUUUCAGUGCAACGACGGUCAACGGGUAGUUUGCGGCAGAGGAUUCUACUCGGAUAAGGGCGAUGGUAGCGGAGCAUGUAAAGAGUGCGUAGCGGGCCACUAUUGCUCCGAGGAAGGGACUUCAAGGGAACAAAUGGAAAAGCAAAAGUGUCCCGCAGGAGCGUACUGCAAGGGGCACCAACUGCAAUCAAGUGCCAAGCGGGGACCGUCAAUCCAAAGCCUGGCCAGGGAGAUCCAUCCGCCUGUGUACCAGUACCUGCCGGGCAGUAUGCUUCGCAAGCCGGGCUCGCUCAUGCUGAGGGGCCCUGUGAAGCGGGGUAUUACUGUCCGGAAGGCUCAACGUCGGGCACAAUGUAUCGUUGCCCUGCUGGAACAUACGGGCAAGUUUCUUGCACGUGGCAUGCCUCGCCUUUCGCUAUCUUCAGUGCCGGCUAACUUCAACGCAUUAGGACAAACACGGUGGCCUGCUUCACUGUGGAAGAGAAUUGCUUUAUCCGUUGUAAAACGGUUUGUCAAGGCAUUUUGCCAUUUGCAUCCAGAGAUGCCAGUCAUUAUGGUCUUCCGCAGAUAUCAGAAAGGGGCUAGGAGUCAAGAGGAGUGUGACCAGUGCCCUCAGGAUUUGCUUGAGGGCGUCAAUAGUGAGAACGUAAAACGGGCCAGCUACCACCAAAAGUACACAGGUAUGGGUGUUACUCUGCAGGUCUUUCAAGUCCAACAGGUCCUUGUAAGGAAGGGUACUUGUGCUACAAGAGAGCUACGUCAGCAACGCCAACAGAUGGGGAAACGGGAGAGCUCUGCACGCCUGGAGGCUACUGCAAAGCGGGGGCUACCACAAAGUCCUAUUGUCCUCGAGGGACAUACAAUCCAGAUAAAGGAGGGUCGUCCGCAAGUGACUGCAAAGAUUGUCCGCCUGGCUACUUCUGCACCGGCAGCGAUUCUACGGAGCCCGAUGGGCCAUGCGAAGCAGGAGCAUAUUGCACAGGAAGGGCCGAGACCUCUAGGCAAGUGGUAUCCAGAAAAGGGUACUAUGCUCCAGCAGGCUCUUCGAAAGAGACGAUGUGCCCACCUGGAAGUUUUGGUCCGCAUGAGGGACUGGCUGAAUGUUAUCUUUGUGCCAGUGGGGACCUCUUCGCCACAACUGUGUCCUGUCGGAACAUACAGGGAUACUGGAUAUGGCUCCUCAGCCAACAGUUGCCACCAGUGUCCCCCUCACAAAGCCUGCCCGGCAACGGCUGCAGACGGAAAAGCCAUGCUGGAUUGCGAAGGUGGAUAUUAUUGCAUUUUUGGUUCCUCUUCCUCCACACCAUCAAAGGAUGAUCCGCAUUUUGAUAUUAGAAAGGCCGGGCCCUGCCUCCCGGGAAUGUAUUGCCCCAAGGGGCAAAUUCCGUCGCCAUGCCCGAGAGGAACGCUAGGCCUCGCUGAAAUGCAGGAUGGCAUUUCAGAUUGCGGCGAAUGCCCUGCAGCGGCGAGUGAGGGGACGCCCUGCCCCCCCGGAAGCAUGGGUCUAACAGAGAAUCUUUCCAACGAAUCCCUUUGCCUAAAGUGUUCGCCUGGCCACUACUGCCCGAAUGAAGCGACAGCCCAAGAAUCGAAUAUUCAGUCUUGCCCUGAAGGCAAAUAUUCAGGCCCUGGAUCAAAGACAGAUGCUGAAUGCAAGGAUUGCCCUGUUGGGUACUACUGCCCACAGUCAUCAAGCAUCCCGCUUCCUUGCCAAGGAGGAACUCUGUGCACCAAAAGCGGCCAGAAGGAGCACACUGAGAAAUGUCCAGCAGGCACGUACUGCGAGGCAGGAAGGGCUGAAUACAUUCAAGCAAAUAAAGAACAAUGCCCUGCAGGCUCUUACUGUCCAGAAAUGUCUUCUGCCCCAAUUUCUUGCCCCAUGGGAACCUUCCUAGACACUCCCGGGGCCGUAUCAGAAUCAAUGUGCGCGCAGUGCCCUGAAGGAAGAUGCCCUCCUGGAUCAAUGUGCCCACAAGGUUCAUCUGAACCGAAGGCAUGCGAUGCCGCUAUGAAUGAAUACCAGCCAAGGGGGGGACAAGCGUUGUGUGAAAGCUGCCCGGCAGGCUUUGCUUGCACAUCCAAAACUGCUGCCCUUUGCCCGCAAGGACAGUAUUGCACUCCAGGCAUGGAAGCUCGAAAGUGCAGCGCAGGUACCUUCAAUCCUCUAACGGGAUCACAGAGUGUAACGUCUUGUCUUGCCUGUCUUCCUGGAUGGGCAUGCACUGAACAAGGCCUCGCUGCGCCAAACAAGCAAUGCGCAGAAGGCCACUUCUGCAUUUCUGGAGCUUCAAGCGAAGAGCCGGCAAAUGAAUGGAGUGAAGGUGGUGGAAUUUGCAAAAAGGGCUUCUUUUGCCCAAAAGGCUCUAUAUCUGCUAGACCCUGCUCAAGCGGCAAGUACUGCUCUCAAGAGAAAGCAAAAGCUCCGACGGGCAACUGCUCUGCAGGGCACUACUGUGCGCAUGGGGCAACAGAUCAGCGCUCGUCUCUAACUUUCUACCCCAAUGACUGUCCCUCAAGCGUGAUACAGGGUAUUUGCCCUCCGGGGUCAGUUUGCCCGGAAGGAUCAGCUUUUCCUUACAAGUGUCCAGCAGACGAAAUUUGGUGUUCCAUGCCCGAAGGGCCACUACUGCAACAGCAAAGAAACAUCCCCCCAGAAGUGUCUCGCAGGGAGCUAUCAGUCUUCAGUGGGAGCUUUGGCGUGCGAAGCGUGUCCUCCAGUCUCCCAGGGAAGGCAUGUCCGAACAAGGGCGCCAUUUCGGACACUGAUGCUACGGCCUGUCAAGCUGGCUACUACUGCCGGCUGGGGGCGUCCUCAGUAACGCCGACAGAAUCUUCGUGCGUAGAUGACGAGAAAACUGCAUGCCUUCCAGGGGCAAAGUGUCCUAAGGGUGGCCCUGCGACCCUGGAUUCGUAUGCAGUGGAGGGGCCUCUGUCCCAAGGCCUACGGACAACACUGGAAAAAUAUGCUCAAAGGGCCACUUCUGCAGGGGCGAUUCCGCGGAAUCCCCUUGCCCCAAAGGAACCUACGCCGAUGUCCAGGCAGGUUAUUAUUGGGGAUACGAGUGGCGUAGGUACGCCAUGUCCCGCAGGGCACAUUUGUCCCGAAGGAUCGUACGAAGCCACAGAGUGCCCUGCUGGCACGUUUAACCGUGUUCAAGGCUUACAGGGAAAAUAUCAGUGUUCCCUGUGUCCCCCAGGUCAGUGGGGGCACCCGAAAGGUGCCCGCCAGGAACAUAUAAUCCGGCAUGGGGGGCUGAAAGUGAUGAUCAGUGCUUGCCUUGCACAGAAGGAAAGUACUGCGAUAAGUGGGGUCUCAGUGCACCCGAAGGGCCUUGCAGCCCAGGUUUCUACUGCAAAAAAGGUUCCUCUACGCCGACGCCAGUUCAGGAAGCCGCGGGGGACCUCUGCCCGGAAGGCCAUUACUGUCCACGAGGCUCCAGCGAAUGCUCACCAUGCCCAGCUGGAUACACUUGCGACGUCGGAGCCGUGCAGCCGACAGCGUGUCCAGCCAGACACUAUUGUGAGCUCGGGCACCAACCAAAGCCUUGUCCAGGGGGAACGAAAUCGACCUCCACGGGCCUUUCCGAGGAAGGCCAGAGGGAGCGUCUGUCCCGACUGCCUGUCAAAGAGGCACAUCCACAGUGAAGGAAGGCGGAAAGACCGCGCAGGACUGCUUGCCUUGCAGAGCUGGAUGGUACUGCAGCCUGAAUUCAUCAGAUACUUCUGUGAAGGGGCCGCCGCCCGUCCUUCACCAUGCCCUGCUGGGCGGCUCUGCGAGGAGGGUUCUCCAACGCAGUUACUGUGUCCUGCUGGCAACUAUUGCCCUGCUGCUGCAGAACUUCCUUUGUCGUGUCCCAAUGGGUACUACUGUCCUGAGGGAUCCCCAUAUCCUACGGCAUGCCCCGAAGAGGCAAUUUGUCCUGAAGCUCCGGAAGGCCAGGCUGCUAGCCCACCUGAAUCUCCGUUUUUCCUCUGCUUCUACUCCUUUGACUGCUGGCUUCAGGGAACUCAUUCUCCCGCUCCUGGGGCUUCUUCAUGCGAUCCUUGCCCUGCUGGAUAUCUCUGUUACGGCGGAACUGCCACAAGUGCACCCCAACUCCCUGAUAUAGACUUUGGGGAGCCCUGUCCCACUGGUCACUACUGCCCAGCAGGCAGUUCUGUUCCACAGCCGUGCCCUCCGGGAACUUACAACGAUGAGGAAGCGGGGGCUAACCUACUAGAAGCAUGCAAGCCAUGUGAACCUGACACAUAUUCAAACACACCUGGCCAAACCGGGCAAGAAGCCGUCCGCGCAAACUAUCGAAAUGGGACUUUAGAGUUCAGUACUGAGGCGGGUGGCUCCAUUGGGCAGUUGUCGUUUGCUGACUUCUCGGCUAAUGGGAGGGUUCUUGGAAAAUUCGACUGCACAGAAGGCGUCAACACUGACUGUUCCGUUUAUUUCUAUAACGCAACAAAAGAGGGCAUUUGGGGGCUUUUCAGUGUUCCGCAAAGCUUGCAAGAGGAAGCUAAGCGCCGUGAGGCUGCAACUGCCCGCACGUUUCCGAAAAGAGGUCUUAGGCGCCUGUCUGAAACCGAGCCUACUCAGGGAGUCAGAUUCCCUGUCCAAUGCUUGCAGCUGUACGAUAGCGUUGCCUGGUGGGUGGGCGAUCAAGUGUACCCCGUUUUCCUGAAGGACUCUCUUCUUAACACGAAUGCCGCCAUUGACAUUUCGGCCUUCCUACAGUUAGCCUCCGCCCUUGGAUCCAGCAGUGUUCCUAGAGGUUCCAAAGCUAAGAAAACUGUCACAUCCAACUUGGAAUACUUCGUCUAUACGUUCAGUGUUGAAGGAGUCUUUGCAUUCGGAACAAACGAAGAUGAUAGUCCGCAGGCGAUUUUCUCCGUCGUCGGCGAAGGAGUGCAAUGCCCAGCAGGAACGAGAUAUCCCGACGCAGCAACUGAUGCGUCUCUUGCACAUCUUAGAGUGCAUCUCCAACAAAACGUGAAUGUGGAACCGGACCUGACAAUAUUCCUACUGACAUUUGUCUGCCUACUAGUUGUUCUAGUUGUACUCUUAAUGAGUAUCUCGGAGGCACGACGACGGCAGUAUAAGAAGCGGCAGGCGUUAGAUCAGAAGGAUCUUAACGAACGCAGAGAUCUUAUUCUCGGAAGCCGGCGGGCAGCCUUGGUGAUGAAAAGAAGGCUAGAGUCACUUUUGGCGGAUUUAAUUGAGCAGAGACUCUGCAAGGAGGAAAACAGCAAAGUGCUUGCUUUGCAGCCUGAGCAACUCGAGAAUUUGCUGAAUAACAUACCCCGUGGUACUCCUCACCCCCAGGCAUUUGAAGAUGCAUUUGGAGCGCUGCAUGAGCUCUCAAUCAAGUUCAAGGCAUUUUCUUCCACUUCCAGUCACCAAUUCCACAGAGCGACGAAAGAUGUCGCACUGGAAAUUAGCGAGCUGCAAAAGGAUAUCCUCACGACUCUAGCACCCAUCAGGCAAAGGUUGCAGCACCGGGAUCGGUUGAGGGAACAGAUUGGUCCAAUGAUGGAAAAUAUCAAUCGCCUGCUUGGCGAAUUAAGAUCCGCCGAUCUGUUUAUGAACGCUGCGACAUCCUCAAACGGCGAUGAAGAAGUAGAAGAAGGCGAACAUGCCUUAAUUGUGAAAAGACUUCUUAUUCCUGCCAACGUCGGAGACCCUCCAACAUUGCACCUUCGACUGCUUCACGCAACUGUCUGUGGGGAACGUUUCACCACUCAGAACGCCGAUCGUUUUAAAGUGUUUGCAGCUACUACGCGAAUGUUCGCAGCAUCUGUUGCGGUCAUUAAGACUCAACAAGAGCAAGAUGAAAGGUGCACUGACGCACUUUCACAGGAGAAGGAACAGCUGCUACAGGAGGCACACACACUCCUAACCGACGGAUGCAAGCUAUUAGCAUCCGGCGCAGAAGCCAAAGAAAGCAUGAGGGAACGGUUCGCUGAGUACGGAAGAAGGGAAGCCGAUAUUUUGGAUGCUUGUCGGAGAAAGCACUCAACAGCAAUUGAUGCGGAAGUGUCUUCAGCUGUUCAAAGCCUUGUGGAUCAAGAAGAUGCGCUUCUACAGCUGCAUCUUAGUCGGCUCUUGAGUUUAGCCCCUGCCACUCAGGGGUCAGCUGGAGAAAAUGGGAGCAUCAGUCAAAGGGCAGUUAAAUCCCUUCAAGGUUACAGCAAUGAAUGCAGGGCGCAUUUUAAGCAUGCGCUCAAAACAGCAACAGAAGCAUUGCAAAAACGGCUCGGAGAGGCUCUCGCACGUGACCAAGCGUCUGCAGAGGCCCAACAACAGCAGCGUGAAGCCUUAGCUACCGUCCUUCUUGACCAGAAAGCUAGAGGGGAGGAGGAAUAUUUGGCUGGUGUCCACCGGCUCGAGCGGCAGCUCCUACUUCUUUGCACGCAACUCGCAAUACAGAAUAAAAAGGCUGUUGAAGAAGAGGCAUUUCAGGCUGCGGUGCGUGACUGGACUGGUGCACUACAGUCCGCCAUGAGGACAGAAGCACUAAAUCUUCGGCGUCAAGCCAAGGCGGGCUGCUUAGAAGAGUCAGAAUAUAGGAAGCAAAAAGCAUUGCUUGCUUCUUCACUUGAGCUAAACAUCCAGCGAAUCACCAGAGAGCAAUUCGCGAACAAGCUUGAGCGCAUCGAGGAGUUUGAGCGGGAAGCUACAAGGACUUACGAAAGCCUAAUGGAUGCAACACGCAAACGUCAGCGACUUGAGGAAGACUUAAGAAGUGCGGAGGCAGAUGUAUUCGCAAGUUUGGUGCUCCGGCGGCUGAAGCAUGCCUGGAGAAGCGCGGCUGAGGAAAGGAAGCUCCUACGAAGUUCCAUCAUCACGUCGUGGUCAUCUGCAACUGCGAAUCAGGAGAGGCUUUUUGGGUUUGAAGUCGACCUCCAGGACACCCUUGCUGCCGCACAGAUAGAAAAAGUGGAUGGAGAGGAACACAAUUUGCGGCUUCAACAGGACCUGAAAGACAAGAAACAGCAAACUGAAUCUUCAGUGGAAACGAUGAUCGACAAGUGUCGCGAGCUCCAAGGCCAGCUGCUGGGAGAAAAUUUAGCGCGAAUGGAUGAGCUGCGACAAGAACAAGAAGAUGAAAUAAAAUCAGCGAUAGAUGAAGCUAAGGCCUCGCUGACAGAGCCCCGCGAACUCUGGCUUCGUGCUCUAAUCUGUGAAGCAGACCUUGAUGAAGAAACGCAGGGCAACCUUCAGGCCAUGGGGGAACGGCAUGCACUAAGCGUUGCAGUGAGCUGCCUAGAAGCCGCUGGGCAACGAUAUUACCAUGAAGCUGCUGCUGAAGAGAAGGACAGGGCAGAAUUUGAAUCGCUUGCCUUGCUGGAUGAAGCAUCCCAAGCUGCGGAGCUUCAGCAAAAAGUACUUGAACGAACGAGCCUUUUAAAAGCUGUAUUUGACGAAGAAUUCCACCGGAGCUCUGAUGCGCUUUGGGCCGCAUUCCAGCAGCACCUAGAGGCUUGCAAGAGGUCUCGAGAAAGCAUAAUGGAGGCUCAGCACCAGCUGAUUCAAAACCGCAUAGUGACUAAAUCAGGCCUUUGGAAAGUUGCAGGUGACGGUGUCUUCAGGGAGGAAGAUCUCCUCACUUGGCAGUCGGGGCAAAUCAAUGAACGGCUCGAAGCCAAUGGCAUACAUGACAAUCGGCUCAAGCAGCCACGAGGGCCAGAUUGGGCAGCUUCCUACGCUUCAUCUGGCCCCAAAGCUCUUGAUGGUCUACAGGGCAGCGAAAUUGGCCAAAAUUCCGCGAGUGGACAGAAGCCUUUGGAGGCCCCGCAGAUGGGAUUGAAUACCGAAUUUUGGGCGAGAAACAAGGGUUUUCUGGAGAGCAUAUCAAGAGCGCAGAAGGAGAUAAGCCUCGCUGAAUCUGAAUGGCUGCAAAAAUGUAGGGGUAUUCAGGGCGGAAGGGCACCGGCAGCUACAGAUGAAGCGAAAAUGACCAGGGCGCAAAAUACGCGUCUGGAGCAUAUGAAAGAGGCCUUUCGGAGCAAGGCGACUGAGCUUCGUAAGGAUUAUGCAGAGGAGGUGCAGAGGUUGCUAGACGAAGACAAACAGGCAGAGGCGCAAAUCGAACGUUCUAGACAGGCCGAGGCAGCGAAUCUUGAAAUGUCAUUUAGAGUUAGGGAAGCCAGUCAGGAUAGCCCUGAAGAACUAGAGAAGUUAAAAAACGAGCGCGAGCAAGCCCUUGCUGAAAUGUUCAAGGAUCUGCAGGCCCAGCGAGAUAUCCAAAAGGCGAACAUCCAGCGGCAGCUCGAAAGGGCGAAGGCAGUGCUUGAGGAGAAGCAGGAACAACUUCGUCGGCAGUUUGAAGCAUGCAAAGCCGAAGCACGCAAAGAAUUCCUGGACUUGAGCAACAGCAUUGUGGAAAAAGAAAGAAAUGAUAAGAAGGCUCAGCUGUUGGCUGCAGCUCGCAUGAACCCAAGCGCGGAAAACAUUUAUGCACUGCACAAUCAGCUAAAAGAGGAGUACCGAGAGGACGUCAAAGCCCUUGUCCUCAAGCAGAUGCAAGAAAAGGCGAAGUACAGGCACAACGCUGCGAUGGAACAGAAAGCUGAAGAAGUUAGACACAUGUGCACAACGGCUGGCAGCAAGGUCUUGGCUCCGUAUCUUGCUGCAUGCGUCAACGUGCACCUGAGCGUGUCUUGUUGCAGCAGUGAGCGGGACCCUGCUUUGGAAGGAGUAGCUGAGCAUGCAGAACUAAAGCACUACACAACUGGAAAGACUUCUGAGUUGCAUCAGGCUAAAGUUCGCGAAAUUCAAGAAGCAGCGCAAGACGCCGCGCUACAGGAUGAAGCGUUAGGCUUGCAGGAAGAUCACCUUGCACGUGUCAUUGAAACGUUAAGAGAGUUUACUGGAGCUAAAGAUUCGCCCGCCAAUGCUUUGCUUGAACAAGCUAGACAGGAGAAGUCAAGACUGACACAGGAACGCGACGACCUUCGCCGAUUUGUCUCAGCCAGGCUUCAAGAGGUGGAGAAGCUGGUUCUUGAAAGGAAGCAGGCCGAAGAAAAGAAGGCGCUUCAGGAAUCCCACGCAGCCGCUCAGCAACUGAAAAUGGCAGCAAAGGCUCAGGAAGCAGCAGCACGAAAACGGGCACAGGAAAAGCAGCUGCAGCGGCAGCAACAGAGACACGUAGAAGAGGCUCGCAAGUUGCAGCAGUUCAUCGAAGCGAUGGGCUCUGAAGGCAAAACUUUAGAUGAGCUCAGACAAGCCUCGCAGCGUCGCAUAGAAAAAUUGCGUCGCGCCACGGAACGAGAGCGUCAGAGGCAAAAGGAAGUGCUUGCUUCCAAGCGCAACGCCAGGGCAGCGAGGCAGGCGAAAAUGUCUCGGGAGAGACAAGCGGCUCAAGCACAAGGAGAACAAGCGGAGGUGCAUGAUGCUCAGGGAUUGCUUCAAACUAUCGCAACAAAGUGCACGGCGACAAUUGGCGAGUCUGCGGAUGCCGACGCAGGUGAAAACGAUUUCAAGAAGUUCGUGUGGAAAAUGGAAGUAAAGGCCUUCGCUGAAGAAAAGCUGCAGAAGCUGAAUGACGCUUUAGUGCGGUUCCUUGAAAGAGUUGAAGCAGCAACAAAUUCUGGAGAACACGAGGCAGCGGGCGUUACCGUUUCCGAAGAACUCAGGCAGACUAUCUUACAGGUUACAAAGCUUCUUCAGGCCAUCAACGUGGCGCACUCUGCAUCUAGAAACUGA